GAUUUCUUGUUCUUAUUUGCUGCAGAAAGCAUUCCUUGUAUUUUCACCUGGAGAAAUGAUCAACCUAUUCAAGGUCAAGGAAAAACAGAGGGCAACUGUAGAAAAUGCCAAUGGGAAGGCACCGGUAAAGAAGCAAAGUAUUGGGGAAUUACGUGUUCAUAAAUAUAUCAGCGAACUGAAUCUGCCAGAAACAUGUAGCAUAUCAUUUCCCAGCGGAAAAGAUGACUUGAUGAACUUCGAGGUUACCGUUCAGCCUGAUGAAGGCUUUUAUCUAGGUGGAAAAUUUGUAUUCACUUUCCAAGUUUCUCCCAUCUACCCUCAUGAGGCACCCAAGGUGAAAUGCAAGACAAAGGUGUACCAUCCCAACAUUGAUUUGGAAGGAAAUGUUUGCCUCAAUAUUCUAAGAGAAGACUGGAAACCUGUUCUGAACAUAAAUACCAUAAUAUAUGGAUUGUUUCAUGUCUACAGGCAACCGAACUAUGAGGAUCCCCUCAAUCACGAUGCUGCAUCCGUUUUGAGAGACAACCCGAAACUGUUCGAAUCCAAUGUGAGAAGAGCAAUGGUUGGUGGACAUGUCGGUCAAACAUUCUUUCCGCGGUGUUUGUAGCUGCAACUUGCAAUAGCGAGCAGAAUGGUGCAACAGCAGUAUAUUUGGUCAUAACUUGUAAGACUCUACCUGCUGUUAUGAUACGUAUCGUCUGGACUUUGUGAGCAUACUUGGAGAUGUUUGUGUGCUUAUGUAACAGUAUAAUGUAUUGGUGAAAUUGGCUGGGGGAUUCAUAGUUAUUAUUUUAUUAUUUUUAUUCGAGUG